AUGCGGAGGGGGACAAACAGAAAGCAGGCACUCAGCAGCCUGGGUCAGGCCCUGGCCCUCGGAAGGCCCCACAGCAGGGACAUGGGAAACAGGACCAGGCACCUCCUAAACAGGGAGGACCCCAGCUCCAGGGGAAUGGCCAAGCUGGUCAAGCAGACAAACCUAGCGGGCAGCAAGCCUCCACUAAGGGUGGACCAAAACAGCAAUCCCCUGCUAAGGGUGGACCACAACAGGAAGCCCCUGAUAAGGGUGGACCUCAACAGCAAGGACCUCAUAAAGGUGGACCUCAACAGGAAGGACCUGGUAAAGGAGGACUACAACAAGCCCCCCAGCAGCAAGGACCUCCUAAAGCUGGAUCACAACAAGAUUCCCCCUGUAGUAGGGGCUCAACAGCAAGCUCCUGCUAAGGGUGGAACACAACAACAAUGGUCACCGAAGGUUGGGGCUCAACAACAAGCUCCUAAGUGUGGACCACAACAGCAAGGUUCGCCUAAGGUUGGAGCUAAACAGCAAGCCCCUGCUAAAAGUGGACCCCAACAGCAAGGUUCACAUAAAGUUGGGGCUCAACAUCAAGCUCCUACUAAAGUUGGACCCCAACAACAAGGUUCACCUAAGGUUGGAGCUCAACAGCAAGCCCCUUCUAAGGGUAGACCACAACAGCAAGGGUCCCCUAAGGUUGGAGCUCAGCCACAAGGGUUCCCUAAGACCGGGACUCAGCAGCAGGGCUCCCCCAGGACUACACCACAGCAGCAGGCUUCUGGUAAACCUGGGACUCAGUCUAAUGCUGGACCUAUGGCUGGAGCUAAACCCCUGUGUCCAGUGUGUAACACUACUGGACUCAACCUGAACACCAAGGAGCCACCCAACCAUAACACCUGCACACAGUGUAAGACUGUCGCCUGCAGCUUGUGUGGCUUCAGUCCUCCUGACUCGGGUGGUAAGGAGUGGCUAUGUCUGACCUGCCAGAUGCAGAGAGCACUCGGAGGCUCUUACCCACCUGGACCCCCUAAGAUGAAGCCCCAGCCUUCUCCCAACAAAGCCUCUACAUCUCCUGCACCCCAAAAGAAAGACACUCCAACACCAGACUCCCCCCAGAGGAAACCUGUUACAUCAGCAACACAGCCACCCAAGACAGAGGUUGCUAAAGCAGCAGACCCUCAGAAACCUGGCAGUUCAGCUCCUGCUCAGAAGACACUACAGGAGAACCGGAGAGCAUCAGGGCUUCAGAAACCACCAGAGCAGCCAGGCCAACCUGGGCUUAAGCAGAGUAAUGCUACCCCAUCUACACAGCAGGAGCCUGGGAAGCCUCAGCAACAGCUUCCAAAAAGUGGAGCCUCUCCUGCCAAAGCUGUGCCACCAGAGGCCCCGCCCACCAAAGAGCAGUCAGGGGGUUUCUUUGGCUUUGGUGGUGCAAAAUCUCAGCCUGCCCCCUCAAAGCCUGAAGACUCAGUGUCUGGGAAGAUGUUUGGCUUUGGCUCCUCUAUCUUCAGCUCUGCAUCCACUUUGAUCACCUCAGCUGUUCAGGAUGAGCCCCGCUUCACACCGCCAGCUUCCCCCAAGGUGACUGCAGCAGCCCAUGCCUCUCCCAAGAUGCCCCCUGCAAAGGAGACCAAACCACCUGUUGCUCAGAAAGCAGAGGAGAAGAAAGCAGCGCAACCCCAGCAGGUCAAGAUCCCCCCAUCAGUACAUGCCAAAGUGGACAAACCCCCAUCAGCGCCUCCAAAGGGAGCAGCAUCCUCCCAACCAGCUCCCAAAGCAGGCCAAUCUACCUGUCCACUCUGCAAGGUGGAACUCAACAAGGGCUCCAAGGACCCUCCCAACUACAACACCUGCACAGAAUGCAAGAACACUGUCUGCAACCUCUGUGGAUUUAACCCCAUGCCAAACGUUACAGAGGUGAAUGAGUGGCUGUGUUUGAACUGCCAGAUGAAGAGAAUGGAAUCCCCAGGACUUCCCAUGAUAAAACCCCAACCUUCUCCCAACAACGGAUCUGCACCUCAGAAGACCACUGUCCCACCCACCACACCCCAAAAGAAAGACACUCCAACACCAGACUCCCCCCAGAGGAAACCUGUUACAUCAGCAACACAGCCACCCAAGACAGAGGUUGCUAAAGCAGCAGACCCUCAGAAACCUGGCAGUUCAGCUCCUGCUCAGAAGACACUACAGGAGAACCGGAGAGCAUCAGGGCUUCAGAAACCACCAGAGCAGCCAGGCCAACCUGGGCUUAAGCAGAGUAAUGCCACCCCAUCUACACAGCAGGAGCCUGGGAAGCCUCAGCAACAGCUUCCAAAAAGUGGAGCCUCUCCUGCCAAAGCUGUGCCACCAGAGGCCCCGCCCACCAAAGAGCAGUCAGGGGGUUUCUUUGGCUUUGGUGGUGCAAAAUCUCAGCCUGCCCCCUCAAAGCCUGAAGACUCAGUGUCUGGGAAGAUGUUUGGCUUUGGCUCCUCUAUCUUCAGCUCUGCAUCCACUUUGAUCACCUCAGCUGUUCAGGAUGAGCCCCGCUUCACACCGCCAGCUUCCCCCAAGGUGUCUGCAGCAGCCCAGGCCUCUCCUAAGAUGCCCCCUGCAAAGGAGAUCAAACCACCAGCUGCUCAGAGAGCAGAGGAGAAGAAAGCAGAGCAACCCCAGCAGGUCAAGGUCCCCCCAUCAGUACAUGCCAAAGUGGACAAACUCCCAUCAGAUCCUCCAAAGGGAGGAGCAUCUUCCCAACCAGCUCCCAAAGCAGGCCAAUCUACUUGUCCACUCUGCAAGGUGGAACUCAACAAGGGCUCCAAGGAUCCUCCCAACUUCAACACCUGCACCGAAUGCAAGAACACUGUCUGCAACCUCUGUGGAUUUAACCCCAUGCCAAAUGUUUCUGAGGUGAAGGAGUGGAUGUGGCUGUGCCUGAACUGUCAGAUGCAGAGAGCACUAGGAGGAAUGGAAGAUCCAGAACAUCCCAUGAUGAAACCCAAACCUUCACCCAACCAAGUCUCAGCUCCUGCUGCUCCUCAAAAGAAAGACACUCCAACAUCAUCUGGGCCCCAUAAAGUGGCCACUGCACCAGCUUCACCCAAAAAGAAGCCAGUGACUCGAGCCUCUCAGCCUGCCCCCUCAAAGCCUGAAGACUCUGUGUCUGGGAAGAUGCUUGGCUUUGGUUCCUCCAUCUUCAGCUCUGCAUCCACGUUGAUCACCUCAGCUGUUCAGGAUGAGCACCGCACCACACCUCCAGCUUCUCCCAAGGUGACUGCAGCAGCCCAGGCCUCUCCCAAGAUGCCCCCUGCAAAGGAGACCUCCCAACCAGCUCCUAAAGCAGGCCAGUCCACCUGUCCACUCUGCAAGGUGGAACUCAACAAGGGAUCCAAGGACCCUCCCAACUACAACAUCUGCACUGAAUGCAAGAACACUGUCUGCAACCUCUGUGGAUUCAACCCCAUGCCAAACGUUCCUGAGGAGUGGCUGUGUCUGAACUGCCAGAUGCAGAGAACUCUUGGUGGAAUGGAACCCCCAGAACCCCCGAUGAUUAAACCGUCUCCCAACAAGGUGUCUGCUCCUCAAACAGUCCCUGUCACACCCAGCGCAGCCCAAAAGGAUAUUGCAAAAGCUGCUGCAUCUGCUAAGAAAGACAGUCAAACCCCAGGCUCCCCUCAAAGGAAACCAAUUCCCCCUGCAGCUGAAGUAUCAAAAGCUGAAGCUGCUAAAGCAGCAGACACUCAAAAACCUGCCAGCCCUGUGCUUGCUCAGAAGGCUCUUCUAGAGAAUCGGAGAACAUCAGAACCACCGAAACCACCACAGCAUCCCAGCCCUGGGCGUAGGCAGCGUAGUGCCAUCCCAACCUCACAGCAACCCCCCAAGCAGGAAUCCGGAAGCUUAUUUGGCUUUGGAGGUCCUAAAUCUCAGUCUGCCUCCUCAAAGCCUGAAGAGUCAGUGUCUGGGAAGAUGUUUGGCUUUGGCUCCUCCAUUUUUAGCUCUGCCUCCACUUUUAUUACGUCAGCGGUUCAGGAGGAGCCCCGCACCACACCACCAGCUUCCCCCAAGGUGUCUGCACCUGUUGCACCUCAAAAGAAGGAGACUCCCACACCAGUUGGUCCCCAAAAAGUGGCCCCUACUACAGCCUCAGCCAAAAAGGUAAUCGUGACCCCUGCUUCAAUGAAAGAGAAGAACGCACCAGAACCAGGCUCGCCACAGAAGAAGCAGAUUUCUCCAUCAGUGGCUUCACAGCAGGACCAGAAGCCAGUAGACAAACCACCUCCAACCCUUGUCCAGCAACCUCAACAACAGCAGACUCCAAAACAACAAGAACAGCCUCAGCAGCCCUCAGCAGGGGCACCAAAAUCAGAGCCUGAUUUAUCAAAAGCUGAAGCUGCUAAAGCAGCAGACACUCAAAAACAUGCAAGCCCAGUGCCUGCUCAGAAGGCACCACAGGGGAACCGGAGAACAUCAGAACCACCAAAACCACCACAGCAGCCUCGCCCUGCGCGUAGGCAGAGUAGUGCCAUCCCAGCCACACAGCAACUCCCCAAUGAUGAGUUAGGAGACUUAUUUGGCUUUGGUGGUGCUAAAUCUGAAUCUUUCCCCUCAAAGCCUGAAGAGUCAGUGUCUGGGAAGAUGUUUGGCUUUAGCUCCUCCAUCUUCAGUUCUGCUUCCACUUUGAUCACCUCAGCUGUUCAUGAGGAGCCCCGCUUCAUACCGCCAGCUUCCCCAAAGGUGUCUGCAGCAGCCCAGGCCUCUCCCAAGAUGUCCCCUGCAAAGGAGACCAAACCACCUGGUGUUCAGAAAGCAGAUGAGAAGAAAGCAGAGCAAAUCCAGCAGGCCAAGGUCCCCCCAUCAGUACAGGCCAAAGUGGACAAACCCCCAUCAGAUCCUCCAAAGGGAGGAGCAUCAUCCCAACCAGCUCCCAAAGCAGGCCAGUUCACCUGUCCACUCUGCAAGGUGGAUCUCAAUAUGGACUCCAAGGAUCCUCCCAACUACAACACCUGCACCGAAUGCAAGAACACUGUCUGCAAUCUCUGUGGAUUUAACCCUAUGCCACAUGUUACAGAGAUGAAGGAAUGGCUGUGUCUGAACUGCCAGAUGCAGAGAGCACAUGGCGGAAUGGAACCCCCAGGACCUCCCAUGAUGAAACCCCAACCCUUGCCCAGCAAGGUCUCUACACCUGUUGCUCCUCAAAAGGAGGAUGCUGCAUCUGCUGAAUUUCAAAAGGAAAAGGAGACUACCAUACCUGCUGCAGAUCAGCCGAAGAACACCCCUACACUCCAAAAAGAGGAGACAACCACACUUGCUGCACCACAAAAGGAGGCUCGAUUGCCAGCCUCAUCCAAAAUGUCACCACAAAAGAAAAAGGAUCCUGCACCAGGUGUGUCCCUUGUGAAUGAAGUCCCGAUCCCAGCUUUACCUGUCAAUAAGGUUUCUGCCUCUCUCAUCAAGGAGGCACCAACACCUGCCUCAGAUCUCACCAAGGAGGAACCAUCUCCUGCUGCAGCUCUCACCAAGGAGGAACCAACUCCUGCCUCAGCUCUCACCAAGGAGGAACAAACUACUGCCUCCUCUCUCACCAAGGAGGAACAAACUACUGCCUCCCCUCUCACCAAGGAGGAACCAUCUCCUGCCGCAGCUCUCACCAAGGAGGAACAAACUACUGCCUCCUCUCUCACCAAGGAGGAACCAACUACUGCCUCCCCUUAUCAUCAAGGAGGCACUAACUCCUGCCUCAGCUCUCGCUAA